GCGUCGGGGGCGUUUUUUGGCAUCCUGCUUUGUCAGGUUUUACCAGUUUGCUUAGUGUACUCCGUCAGCAUGUCCGAAACGGCGCCUCCCGCUUCCACCGCCUCAGCUGAUCCUCAGAAAUCUUCAGCUGGCAAGAAGGCUAAGAAACCAGCUAAGGUUGCAGCAGCCACCAAGAAGAAACCCGCAGGCCCCUCUGUGUCGGAGCUGAUCGUGCAGGCUGCUGCCUCCUCCAAGGAGCGUGGUGGUGUGUCACUGGCUGCCCUUAAAAAGGCUCUGGCGGCCACCGGCUACGAUGUGGGAAAGAAUAACAGCCGCAUUAAGCUGGGCGUUAAGAGCCUGGUAAACAAGGGCACACUGGUGCAGACGAAGGGCACCGGCGCCUCGGGUUCCUUCAAGCUCAACAAGAAAGCAUCCUCCGGGGAAGCCAAGCCCGGCCCCUCAAAGGUGGCGGCGAAAACCAAGGCGACGGGCGCAUCUAGAAAGCUCAAAAAGGUCACGGGGGCUGUUACCAAAAAAAGCGUGAAGACUCCGAAAAAGGCUAAAAAGCCUGCGGCCACAAGAAAGCCCUCGAAGAGUCCCAAAACUGUAAAGCCCAAAAAAGUAACCAAAAGCCCUGCUAAAACCAAGGCUAUAAAACCCAAGGCGGCCAAGGCUAAAGUGACGAAGUCAAAGACUGCCAAACCCAAGAAAGCAGCACCCAAGAAAAAGUAAAUUCCAGUUGGAAGCUUCUUACAGUGACCCAACGGCUCUUUUAAGAGCCACCUACAUA